UUUGUAUUUGUCUAAAAUCGGUCAAAAUUUGUUGUAAUUGUGAAAUGUUGAAAUUCCGCGCCACUUAGAGUUUCCACCCCCAUUCAAGUCGACUCGCUGCUCCUCAACACUGCAACACAAACGAAACUUUGCACCAAAGAUAACGAGCGAAGGCGUAGCAAAGAGGAAAGAGCAAGAACUGAAACGAGUAGAGAAAAUUUAUUGAACGCAAUUCUAACAGCAGCCGCAACGUCGUCGCCAAGUGAAAAAAUUUUUCGAUUGUGCUUGUAAUUUAAUUUAAUAAUAAAAAAGAGGAAAACUUGCUGCCGUAGCCAAAAUGAAUGAGGAAUACGACGCAAUUGUGCUGGGCACUGGCCUGAAGGAGUGCAUACUCAGUGGCAUGCUGUCCGUUUCCGGCAAGAAAGUCUUGCAUAUUGAUCGUAAUAAAUACUAUGGCGGCGAAUCAGCCUCGAUAACGCCGCUGGAGGAGCUCUUCCAGCGCUAUGGCUUGGAGGCGCCCGGUGAACGAUUCGGGCGUGGCCGGGAUUGGAAUGUCGAUUUGAUACCCAAAUUCCUGAUGGCCAAUGGACAAUUGGUGAAACUGUUAAUACACACGGGCGUGACCCGCUAUCUGGAGUUCAAGUCGAUUGAGGGCAGUUACGUUUACAAGGGUGGAAAAAUUGCCAAAGUGCCGGUUGAUCAAAAGGAGGCUCUGGCAUCUGAUCUCAUGGGUAUGUUCGAGAAGCGUCGCUUCCGCAACUUCCUCAUCUAUGUGCAGGACUUCAGGGAAGAUGAUCCAAAGACCUGGAAGGAUUUCGAUCCAACUAAAGCCAAUAUGCAGGGAUUGUAUGAUAAGUUUGGAUUGGAUAAGAAUACGCAGGAUUUCACUGGCCAUGCCCUGGCCUUGUUCCGUGAUGAUGAGUAUUUGAAUGAGCCGGCUGUUAAUACCAUAAGACGCAUUAAGUUAUAUUCCGAUUCAUUGGCGAGAUAUGGCAAAUCGCCAUAUCUGUAUCCAAUGUACGGUCUGGGUGAAUUGCCUCAGGGAUUCGCUCGUCUCUCGGCUAUCUAUGGCGGCACCUAUAUGCUGGACAAGCCCAUCGAUGAAAUUGUUUUGGGUGAAGGCGGCAAGGUGGUGGGUGUGCGUUCUGGCGAUGAAAUUGCCAAAUGCAAGCAGGUCUAUUGCGAUCCCAGUUAUGUGCCCGAUAAGGUUCGCAAGCGUGGCAAGGUUAUACGUUGUAUUUGCAUCUUGGAUCAUCCGGUGGCCAGCACCAAGGAUGGUCUUUCCACUCAAAUUAUCAUUCCACAGAAGCAAGUUGGUCGCAAAUCGGACAUUUAUGUAUCAUUGGUUAGCUCCACCCAUCAGGUGGCUGCCAAGGGUUGGUUUGUCGGCAUGGUAUCCACAACUGUGGAAACUGAUACUCCCGAGGUGGAGAUUAAGCCUGGCCUCGAUUUGCUCGAACCGAUAGCACAAAAGUUCGUUACAAUUUCCGAUUAUUUGGAGCCAAUCGAUGAUGGUACCGAUUCGCAAAUAUUCAUCUCGGAAUCCUAUGAUGCUACCACGCAUUUUGAGACCACUUGUUUGGAUGUUUUGAACAUUUUCAAGCGCGGCACUGGAGAGAUUUUCGAUUUUUCGAAAAUCAAGCAUGAAUUGGGCGAUGAGGAGCAGUAAAGGAUCGAUUCAACAACAUUUUUGGGAUGAAGGCGGCGUGUUUUCAAAGGACGAGCAGAUGCGUCCGGAUUAUCAUGGUGCAUUUUCUAAGCUCAACAACCGAACUAUAAAAACUGAAACAACAUUUCGCAAAACAAAAAUAACCACCGCAUUAACAUCAUUUUAGCGACGUGGCCAAAAAAAAAUAUAUA